AGAAGUUCGGCACGUGAUUCGUAUCAAAGUCGAGGAAGAUUCGAAGGUUUCACCGAUUUUGCCAUGAAAUUUCGCUUUUGCGGUGAUUUGGAUUGCCCAGACUGGGUAUUGGCAGAGAUCAGCAUUCUCUCGCGAAUUAGUAGCGUUAAAAUGAAGCUGUUAUCGAUGCAGGUUGUUAAUUUGUGCGGUGAAAAUGAAAUAGACUACGGGAAAGUUCAGAAAUUUACCGCCGAUGCAAAAUUUGAACAUUCCGAUGUGAAGGCGUCAAUCGCAGCUUUAUCCUUCAUCCUGUCGAGCGCGGCAAAAUACUCAGUGGACGGUGAUUCGUUGUGUAAUGAACUACAGCAAUUGGGGCUACCAAAAGAGCACUCCACAUCGUUGUUUAAAGUGUACGAGGAUAAUUUAAUCAAGUUACAAAGCUACUUAAGGAGGACGAGCUUUCGUCUCGAUAAACUUCAAAACUUACAAUGGCGUGUGGAUUACGUCUUAGGCUCAAGUCAGUUAAAAGAGGUUAAAGAACCAGAAAUUAACUUGAGAUUCGAGACUGUCAACUCAGUUAGUUCUUCAGAGCAAUCUGUAUCGUUUACUAUGACAUCGGACAAGUUUCGAGUACUAUUGCACGAGCUAAAGCAGGCGUAUAAAACUAUGGAUGGCCUGUCCUAGAAUAAUCAAUAAGUAUUUUCCUACUCAAUUGCAAAUAAUUUUUGUCAUGGAAUAAUUUAUAACACAUACAUAUGUCGAAUUGUAACAAUUAUACAGGUUUGAGCCGA